UCGAAUUGCGGCUUGUUUCGUUUUGGAAAUUUAAGUUUUGUUUACGAUUGUUGAGCGACGUACUGGGAUCAACAUUAUAGCUUAUAUCAAUUUUCUGUUAUUGCAAUGCAUGUAGAUUGUAACUACUUAAAAAGAAUAGAAAUUCUUUAGUAUAACAGGAACGAUUAGCUUAUUCUUUUUUUAAGAGAUAGAUUUUAUUUUAUUUUCUAAUUUCAUUUCUUACCUUUGGGUAUGAUGUUAAGUGAAACGACUCUCAAAGAUGAAUUUGUUAAAGCAGAGCUUAGUAAAUUUGUCAAGACUCAUAUUGGUCUGGAUGUAUUAAGCUCCAUUGAUGAAAUUGUGUUGAGCUAUAUUAUUGGUAUAUUAGAAUCAUUAGAUAGUGUAAGCUCCUCAGAUGAUGCUUUUGAUGUGGAAGAAUUUAUAGAGAUGAUGUGUGCUUAUAUCCCAGCCUUCUCUGACAUUCCCAGUUCUCAUGUGUACGACUGGAUGCUUAAACUUGCAAAAUUACUAAAAGAAAAAGAAAAAAGAGAACACAAAAAUAAUUCUUUGGAAACAAUUUUCCUCAAAACAACUGAGCUGAGUACAUCUGUUUCAAAAUGUAAAUGUGGUGUUGUAAAUUGUCUUCAUCCUACUCGUUCACGUAGAAGAUCUUAUCACAGCUCCCAUAGUUGUAGUUCCAGUCAAUCAGAAGAUGAGGAAAAAUGUAUCACUGUAAGUGGAUAUGAAAAUGAAGAUUUAGAAACACUUACUGAAAUGUUUCCCCAUCUGCACAUACUUGAAGCUAAGCAAUUUCUGAACAUGUCAGCAGGUAGUUGUGAGAAAGCAGCACAGUUAAUUCUUCAGAAACAAGAAGUUGGGGAAGAUAUAGAUACACACAUAAUUUCAAAGAGUGCUACUCUUAAUCCUCAUAAAGAAAAAUUUGUCGAAGAUAAGCAGCUUAGGGAACAAAUAUUAAAGCGAUAUGCUUACAUUGAUGAAGAUGAUGAUGCUCGAGAACACAAACCAGUGGCCCCAAAAAAUGAACCAAAAAAGCUUAUUCGCUAUCGUGAUAAUAAAAUUGUAAGCAUCAAAGGUGAGCGAUAUUCUGAAAUAAGAAAAAAGAAAGAAGCAGAGUCAGGUCCACAUGAGCGUUUUUGGUAGGAAGGAUUCUUGCACUCUCACGUGCAAUUCUUCUGCAUUUUGUGAGAGAGUCUUCAUUAUAGGCUACAUUAAACCCCUCUGAAAUCAAACCAAAAAAUCUCUUAAAUUUUUGUUGAUUAUGAGAAUCAAUUUUUUUUCGCACGUAGCCAGAGAAAGUUUUAUUUAUCUUUUUCAUUUCAUCUCUGGAGAAGCGCUAUCAGCAUUGCCACUGACAAACCAAUGAUGCUUUCUCAGUGUUCUAUUUAUAAAUCAGUAUCAUAAACCUUGAACUUGACUUGAGGAUCAUUUACUAAUUAUGUGUUUGCAUAUGGGUUCAGCGCAGUCAUAAAUAGAAAGUUUCAACACUUCAAAAUUUUUGUCUCUUUUAUUCAUUUGUUUUGAAGAAGAAAUUAUUUGAUUAUUUGAAUUAUUUGAUCUUUUUAAUCGGAGUUUUUACCUAAGGGACUGCUCACUAAUUGCAUAAAGUAUAUCAAUUAUUUUUGUAGUCUUAUUUUACUUACUUAUUAAAAUUUUAAAUUAUCUUAAAUUAUUUAAUGAAAAAAAUAAAUGUUAAGAGGCAAAAUUUUAAACAAAUAUGGAGUGAAUGACUUUUUACUGUUAUAUUGAAUGAAAAUCAUAAGUUAUUCACAUUUGUCAUUUCAAAGAAUUUUAAUUCAUAUUUUUAUCUUUUGAUUUAAAAGCAAUUGAAAUUAAUUAGUCAAUAAUGUCAGAUUUUAUUAAAUAUUAUGAAUAUAGGGACUAUAUAAUAAUUUACUUCUGACAAAUAUGCUUAGCUAUAAUGCUCAGUGUAUUUGCAUUACAAAAUUACUUUUAAAAUUUUAUUCAAGAAAUAUUAAACCAUAUUACAAAUUUUGAUAAAAAUU